AUGGCGCUUCGAUGGUGGAACCAUCUGGUAGGGGGCGAGAAACCAGGAGACACCGCUGCUGUUGUUCGAGACCAUGAGCAGGCGAAAGUCGUGAUUAGCUUAGAUAUGGUGGUCUCCGACCUCUCGUCUGUCCAUGUCCCAGACAAGAGCGCGCUCAUGAGAGACGACGCUCCCUGUGAUUGCGCUGGCUGUACAAGAGAAGGAGAGACGCCUGGCGGCCUUGUGGCGAAGGCUCUAGAGGUGAAUGGCUUCCCGAAGGACCUUAUGCCUGCUCAUCACAUACAACACUGUUACGGCGAUGCGACUGGGCCCUUCCGUAUAUACCUGGACCAAAUUGUUGAGAAGGAGAUUUGCGGAUACCCCAUUCGCUUCGAAACCGAAAUUAGCGGGACCAUUGAGAAUGGCUGGAUCCGAAAGCUGCAGGGUAUUCGUGUAAGACCUUUGAUCACGUGGAAGGCAGUAGAUACGCUACAAACAGGGGCGUCCUGCUACGGAAGAGUUUAUUUCUACGUGGGGUAUUUAUUCAGAAGCUUUUUAGCUUCGGAAUUCAAUGGGAUUUGGUCUGUGGAUGUCGAGGGGGAUGAUGGCGACAAGGAAGGAUGCAGAGAUGAGGAAGGGAGCCCUAAGAUUGGAAGGUUCUAA